AUGUCGGAUAUACCCCAGAGCGCUGACGGGGAUGAGCACGUAGCUCCUCGCGCACAUCUAGCGACGGCAGAAGCUUCACAACCAGAGCUUCCGGAUAAUAGCCUACCAGCAGACGAUUCCUCAACAGCACCAAAGCCCAAGCCGCGGACCAUAUGCGGCGUCUGCAACAAGGAGGCUAGCAAGUACAAGUGUCCAAAAUGUCCUUUGGCCUACUGUUCUGUAGCUUGUUCACGGACACACCGAGACAACCACCCUCCUUCCGAACCUCGACCGCCCGUACUUGAACCGGAGGUGAAGGAGAAGCCCAAGGAUAACCACCCUUUUAGCGUCCUUGAUGGCUCCAUGGAACUCCAACAACUCUUCCGGAAGUAUCCGAAUCUGCCGUCGCGCCUCAAGCAAAUCUACGACACUACUCUCCCUCCGAAAGAUGAAAGCUUUGUCAAAGGAGGCCUUCCGACCAAGGUACCUCCAGUGUACGCAAGCAAGAAGAACAACGAGCCCUGGACGCAAGACAUUGGUCUUCGGCGUGGGCAACAAGCACUGAGGCAGGCUAGAACGGACCCCGGCGAAGAUGGCGAUGGCGUCCGUGAAUACUGCGAGCUUGUGCUCUACCUGCUGUCCAAGUCCGAAAAAGAGAACGACGUUACUGAGCUCGUACGCCAGGAAGCUGCUAUGGAAGAUGCAAAGCUGAUCGAGAAGCUCAUGCAAUCCGAAGGCCGCUAA